GUAUCCAAGCGGACGCGGCGGGAGUAGAGGCGGACGGUAUCCAGUCGGAGGGCGGUUUCUCGUACACAGGCGAUGAUGGUCUCGUGUACGCGGUGCGCUACACGGCCGACGCCAACGGGUUCCAGCCACAGGGAGCGCACCUCCCCACGCCGCCGCCCAUUCCUGAAGCCAUCGCCAAGUCGCUGGCCGAGAACGCCAGGGAUGAAGCCGCUGGCGUAUUCGACGACGGGAGCUACCACGACGCGAAGUACAACCCGCUGGUGGAGGCUGCGCGCGCGCAGUACGCGUACCAGCCGGGUAGGUUCGUGCCGCCCUUCCACCGCCGCUACUACAACAAGUACUGAACACGACACACACACGCCUGCUAGUGCCAUUCUACAUCUCUAUAUAUAAGUUUGUACACAGUGAUCUUAAUAAAUGAUUACAUUUUGUA